AUGAUGACGUGCCGUCUGCUGUGCGCCCUGUUGGUGCUCACCCUGUGCUGCUGCCCGUCCGUGUGCGCAACGGAGAAUAGUGGAGAUCCGAAUAAGGACAGCCCCAGCGUAUCGCCUGCUUCGCAACCGGGAGCAGGUGUUCUGGGGCAAGCAAAUACUUCCACGACGCCAAGUUCAACACGUCUGGAAGUUACGUUACCGGGAACCGAAAAUCAGAACAGUAGGGGAGAAGCAUCAGACACGAGGAGUAAUACCGGAAGAGGUAAAGGACCCGCUCCGCCAGGGAAUUCAGUUCCAACAAUUCCGGCCUUUGAUACAGAACAGGGACAGGGUGGAUCCGGUGGGUCAGGGAGUUCAGGUACGACGGCCGAUACGGUACAGAAAAAUGGUGACAACGAUACGACAGACUCAACAAGUGGCAAUAAUUCAUCCACAGACCAAACAAAUACGAAUGCCGGCGAUCCGGCCGAGAAGAGCACGGCGACCACUACCACUACUACGACAACCACGACGACCACCACAACACAGGCGCCAACUACAACGACGAUCCGCGCACCGUCACUUCUUCGCGAAAGCGACGGCAGCCUCAGCAGCUCUGCGUGGGUGUGUGCCCCGCUGCUGCUCGCCGUAUCCGCGCUGGCGUACACCACUCUGGGCUGA